CCCUUGAGGGCGAACCCCCGCCCGCCAUUGGCUCCCCACGGCGACGCGCGGCGCUCUCGCGAGGCUUGGCGCGUUAUGUGCGGGCGGCGAGCGGAAGUGCGGCCUUUUCCGGCGGCGGCGCGGCGGGGGCAGGAUGAAGCUGAACAUCUCUUUCCCAGCCACUGGCUGCCAGAAGCUUAUUGAAGUGGACGAUGAGCGCAAGCUGAGAACAUUCUAUGAGAAACGGAUGGCGACGGAGGUCGCAGCUGAUUCUCUUGGUGAGGAGUGGAAGGGCUAUGUUGUCCGAAUCAGUGGUGGCAAUGACAAGCAAGGCUUCCCCAUGAAGCAGGGUGUCCUCACUCAUGGACGUGUCCGCCUUCUGCUCAGCAAGGGCCACUCCUGCUACCGCCCCAGGAGAACUGGAGAAAGAAAACGCAAAUCCGUCCGGGGCUGCAUUGUUGAUGCCAACUUGAGUGUUCUGAACUUGGUCAUUGUGAAAAAGGGUGAAAAGGAUAUUCCUGGGCUGACAGACACAACCGUGCCUCGUCGUCUUGGUCCCAAGAGGGCUAGCAGAAUCCGCAAGCUGUUCAAUCUCUCUAAGGAGGAUGAUGUCCGCCAGUAUGUUGUGAGGAAGCCUCUGAACAAAGAGGGCAAGAAACCUAGGACCAAGGCUCCUAAGAUCCAGCGACUGGUGACUCCUCGAGUUCUGCAACAUAAGCGCAGACGUAUUGCGCUGAAGAAGCAACGCACUCAGAAGAACAAGGAGGAGGCAGCAGAAUAUGCCAAGCUCUUGGCAAAGAGGAUGAAGGAGGCCAAGGAAAAGCGCCAGGAGCAGAUUGCUAAGCGGCGCCGGCUUUCUUCAUUGAGAGCUUCUACAUCUAAAUCUGAGUCAAGUCAGAAGUAAAGAUAUAUGUGAUACUAAAAAUAAACCCUUUUUGUGGUUGAAUUUAA